AGUCUCCCGCGCCGCGGACUGGCUCGGGGCGCGCGCGAGAGAGGAGAGGGGUGCGCGCGCGCCCCAGAGAGGCGGCCGCUCUAUUCGUCGCCUGAGCUGUCGGGCGGGCAGACCAUGCUUUGGGGGAGCAGCGGGAGACAGCCGGGCUGCCGAGCGGACCCCGCCAUCCCGGGGAGCUGGAACUGGUAACGCGUCCCAAGCUGCUGCUGGGGGAGGCCCCUCCCCAGCCCCCCCGAGAGCUCUCCACGCCGGGGGGCAGCAGCAGCCUCACCAGCAGCUCGGCGCGGAGCACCAACUCCAGCUCCAGCAGCACCAUGGACCUCUCCUUUAUGGCCGCGCAGCUUCCGGUUAUGGGAGGAGCCUUUAUGGAUUCACCCAAUGAGGACUUUAGUACUGAAUACUCCUUGUUUAAUUCGUCGGCCAAUGUCCACGCGGCCACCUCAAUGCCGAGCCAACCAGAAGAGGCAUCCCGUUCCUCAAAUGAUGCCAUUUUGUUAUGGAUUGCAAUUAUAGCAACUAUUGGGAACAUUGUAGUUGUCGGAGUUGUGUACGCCUUCACGUUCUGAGAAGAAGCAGGAGGAGGGCCUGAGGAAGUGGACAGCUGCUGCACUGUCUCUCAUGAGUGUGGAUAUGUGCGGAUAUGCACAUAUCUAUAUUAUAAUGUACAUCUUUGUAAAUAUACAUUGAUAGAUGCUGUUUGUUACUUAAGAAUGAGUUUAGCAAUGGGUAGCCACAGCAAACCCCUAGAGGCCCUUUGUAAAUGGUAUGUGGAUGAAAUUUAUAAUCAACUGUGUAACCCGCUAAAUUGAAGUCUAAUGUGAAAGGCCUGUGUGUGAAUACAGUGCACACAAAGAAAAAGGCAGACUCGCUCUGCAGGGGCUUGCUUUAUGGCUGGCUGAUGAAACUGCUUUUCUUCAUUUCUUUUGCUGUGUUUGUUUCUAGAAUUCUGAACAUUGGAUUUCUGUAUAAAUGCCUCUUACGCUCUGUGAUAACUUUGUUCUCUUGCUCUGCAGGGGUACAGGACAAGUAAGAUCUGUUCUGUUUAACUAGAGAGGAAGGAGCCAUGUAAGUUAAAUGCACAUUAUUCAUGACCGAAAGCAAUGUCAUAAUUUUCAUUUAGAUUUUUAUUUGAGGCCCGGUUUAGUUUCUAGAAAAUUGUACUGCAGAAAUGUGUGCAUUUGAAAUAUUGAUUGAGUAAGAAUGAUUUGGUGGAACUUAUAAUGAAACUAAGGUUUACAGUGAUGCUGUUGAUAGCCUUGUGUAGACCUCAGGUGGGAAGACAUGACUGCCAAAAUCCAAGAAGUCCAUCAUCAUCCCACUUAUACACAUGGUUCUGGUGUCUUCUAGCCCCCACGGUGUUCAACAACAUUUCUGAUCUUGUAGAACAGAAAGGGAAGUUCUUGGGUGUCUGUGGAUUGGAAAUUGCUUCCUAACUUAGAAAUUCCCACCCUGAUGUUGGAUUACAGCUCCCAUGAUCCCUUGCACAAUAGCUAAAAGGCCAUUGUGCCUAGGGAUGAUGCGUUGAAGUCCCACAAUGUCUGGGGUCCCAAAGCUGGGAACCAUUAUCCUAGCUCUUAGCAGCUUCACGGAGAAAUGUGUAGUCAGUUAAGGGGGGAGACCUCUUUUGCUCUAGUAUUCAUUAAAAUGGUGUGUCUGCUACUCUUUUCAGCCAGGGGAGUUUCCUUUUCCCCACAACUCCUGUUGCAGACCAUGUGUUUAUUCCUCAGCACCUUCUGUAUUCCUGGUAAGGCAUUCUUGAGAGGCUGCAUUGUAAACAAUUAAAUGACUGUUCAGCUUUCAUCAGUCACAUCGCUGUAGGUGCAAAACAUUGUAUGAGGUAGCAAAAAAAAGUAAUUGCAAUGCAUCUUUUUAAAAAAUCCUUUGUAUUUUUGCAAUUUAAUCUCGAGUAUAUCCAAAAGUGGGCUUUUAAAUCUCAGUGAAAAUAUUCCACAUCAAAAUAAUGCUGUGAUAAACCAUUAAUUAUGAAUGGCCUGACCCUACAGCUAGCUCUGCAGUUAACAUAAGAACAUAAGAAAAGCCCUACUGGAGGCCCAUCAGCAUCCUGCUUCACACAGUGGCCCACCAGGUGCCUCUGGGAAGCCCACAGACAAGAACUGAGGGCAGACCCUCUGUCUUGCUGUUUCUCCCCUUCAACUGGUAUUUAGAGGCAUCUUGCCUCUGACGCUGGAGGUUGUUGUAUGGGGAAACAGGUUCUCAAGUUCUGACCCAAAUAAGUUUUUAAAGUAGGUCUGCAAAGUUAGAGAUGGAGGAUCCAGGAAAGAAGGCUGAAAAAGUGCCAGUGUAGCCACAAGUGAAUAUUUACAGCCAGCCUCACAAAUACGCACUAAUGUAUGCACAUGUGUGUAUAAAGACCCAGCCUUCAGGGAAUAUGGUUCAUGAGCCAGGCUCACAAAUUCUGAGUGCUCAUAUUUGUUUUUGGCAGCAUCUACCCCCACCCCCUCCUGAGGUGGAAAAUGGGUGAUGGCAUUGUUGCACUGAAAGCUUUCUCUUGUGUUAUCGCCCCUUCUUUAUCCCUACCUCCCAAAAGAUCAAGGUAAAAUUGUAGACUUUGCACAGAGAAAAGGGUCAGGGUUAGAGUACAAAUGAACAAAUUGUUGAACUCUCUUCAUGGAGUAAUCUUUGGAGGCCAUUCCUGCCAAUUUUCAUUUCCAUCCCUCUGACAAUAUUAAUAAAAAUUCUAAAAGCUUUUAAAACACUGCAUAUCUGACCACCACAGACACAGUAGUCAGGACAAUAAAAGCAAGAUAACACACUGAAAGCUGAACGUUUUGCUAUGCUGUCACCUAUUUCCCAGCUCUUCGGGUGUAGACCUUGUCAAAAAUCGCCAUGAGCAUUUGUCACCCACAGACGGUACUGAACAUGCCAGUUGGCUCAUAUACUAAUAAUCUGGUAAUACGUUGUUCACACAUUUGCAUUCGUUUUCACCUGAAGUCUCCAUUGCCUUUGAAUCAUGCUGGAAGUACCUGAAUUUGAGCCUGAACCCCAAUUUCCCUGAUUGCCUCACGGCUUUCCAUUUAAAGACACUAAUAAAAAGCAAAUGAGAUCAAUUUCACACCCCUGGAAGUUUCCAAAAGAGCAUUGCUCACCUCAUAAUUAAAUUGAUUAGAUAUUCAUAGAGUUUCAGCGGCACUAUCAAGAUUCUGUAGUUGUAUCACAUCUUGCAGUGAAAUCCUUGCAUGGUCAAUAGCAGAGAAAGUCAUUUCACUGUGGUUACAUAUGGUAACCCAGUAUCUUAUUUUUACCCAAUUGGCAUCCUGUGCUGUGUGAUUAGUUUGCCAAUAUAGUGCUUCAUUUACGCUAGUUUUUGGGUUUUAAUCUAAGCACAGUUAUCAGUGCUUGUUUAUAUUUGCCAAAGGAGUGGAACAAAAAAAAAUUAAAACCACUCAGCCUUGAAAAAUAACAGACUAGAACUAACUGGAAAAACAGAGCCAGGCUUCAUUGAGGAGGGAGAGUAUCAGCCAUAUAAUCUACAAAAGAUGCCAUGAUAUCAGAAAAGGAGUAGUUUUGUAUGUGUCUCCCAGAUUUUCCAUACCCACAUGCCCUUAGUAAUAGCAGUUAUCUCAUGUAACUUGAUUAAAGAGAUUCCCUUAAGAGACUGAUUUGAAUAACACUUGGCUUUAAUAUUUCCAAAGGGAGAGUGACCAUUACUCUUUUUGCUUUGGUACAACCUGAUGUAGCCACCUAAUGGUGCAGCGGGAAAUGACUUGGCUAGCAAGCCAGAGAUUGCUGGCUCAUAUGUUCCCCAGUCUGUGGGAAACACCUAUAUCGGGCAGCAGCGAUAUAGGAAGAUGCUGAAAGGCAUCAUCUCAUACUGCACGGGAGAUGGCAAUGGUAAACCCCUCCUGUAUUCUACCAAAGACAACCACUGGGCUCUGUGGUCCCCAGGAGUCGACACUGACUCGACAACACACUUUACCUUUAGAACCUGAUGUUGCAGUGGGCACAAUCUAGCAUAAUUGGCCUGCAGAGAGGUUCUUCAGUUACCCCUUGUCUCAAAAUGGUAGGUUGCCAUAUUGCCAAUGAAAAUGUCACAAAGUGGAGAGCUAGCUUUUGAGUUCUCUGGAACUCUACUAUUACUACAUAUAUUUAUAUUCCGAUUUUCAACAAAAGUCCUCAAAGCGGUUUACAUAGAAAAAUAAUAAAUAAAUAUCAUUCCCUGUCCCAAGACAGCUCACAAUUUAAAAGGAAACUCAGUGUAGAUGCCAGAAGCAGCCACUGGAGGGCUAUUGUGCUGGGGUUGGAUAAAGCCAGUUGCUCUCAUGCUGCUCAACACAAGAGAAUCACCACUUUCAAAGGCACCUCAUUGCCCUGUUAGCAGAGGUCAUUCUUCUUUAAGCUGCUUGUUAACCAAAGAUGAAAGCUAGGUACCUGCUAGUAAAAAUUAGAAAGGGGAAAAGUGUCCUUUCCCCUUUCCUGAGAUCUUCCCAUAUAGUAAUUUUUGGCCCACUAGUUGGUGGUAGGGCACCUCUUUUGCAUGCAGAAGGUCCCAGUUUAAUCCCUGGCAUCACCAGGUAGGGCUAGGAAAGGCUUUUCCUAAAGUCUGGAGACCUGCUGUCAGACAUACUGACCAGGAUAGACCAAUGGUUUGACAGUAUAAAGCCACUUCCUGUGUACUUAAUCUCAUGAUGCACAUGUGCCCAACUUAAUCCACCCCACUGGGGUGCUGUAAGAGAUCAAACAGAAACAUUCCUUCUGUAUCUUUCGCUCUCUCGCUAACACCCUUGACAUUCCAUGGCUCAACUGUCCUCAACAUUCCAUAGGUCCUGGAAGCCAAUGAGCAUGGUCCUGGUUGAGCAGUUCUGGUCUUCUCUGCUUUUUCUUUUAAUUCUAGGAUCUAGCAUGCUUCCCCCAAGUAUGCAGAAACCACUUAUUUUGGCAUGGCUUCAUUUUGCUCUCAGAUAGGCACACAACUAUCCAAGUUUGGUAUUACUAAAUUUGGUAUUUAUUGAUGAACAAGUUGUUCAUUUAUUAUUUAUAUACUGUUUUGCAAUGAAAAUUCUCACAGCAGUUUAUGUAGAAAAGAUAAUUAAUAAAUAAGAUGGUUCCCUGUCCCAAAACAGCUUGCAGUCUAAAAGGAAAUAUAAGGUAGACUUCAAAAACAACCCCUGAAGGGGUAUGGGUUGGUAUUAAUAUCAGCACAACUUACCAUGGUUGUUGGAGAUGUUCAGUACUACCUCAAACUGAAGUGAGCUGGCAUCUUUCAGACAUAAUUUGGUAACUUCUUGCUCACGUGCUUUGUCCUCAAACUGGCUGGAAAUCUAUCCUUCAUGGUUUGGCAGUCCCCAAAUUAAAGUUUCAGCCUUCCUUCAAUGAUCUAUUGUGUGUCUGUUUCCCUCUCUAGGAAAGCCUCCUCUUCAAUAUCCUGGAGUUAUUCACGAUCCUAAUAACUUUUCCACAUUUUCCUGCAGGGAGUUGAGAGUUAUUAAUGUGUAAUGCAGUUCUGUUUUCACACCCUGGAAAAUGUAAUUUAGCUUCGUUUCCUGCAGCUAAUCAUAGAAGUAGAGUGGGCCUGUGAAACAAACUAAGUAGUAAAACUUUUUUUUUAAGUAGGGUAAAAUUGAGGCAGUGGAAGCAAAACUGAUUUUUGCAUUUGGAAUGGUCACUGUCAGAAUUUGCAUCUCUGCUCCUUAUUUGACCAUGAGGGGCCCAGCCUGGCUGCUAUCUUACUGAUAAAAAACAAACAUGCUAGCCCAAAUCAGAUGUUUAAAGUACAACAGGUCUUUAAAGUAGCCUGGACUUGUCUACAAAUCAUAAUUUCCUAUUGAUGUAGUUAGGGUUAGUUCUGUUAGAGGUUGUUGAUUUUUACCCACAAUAGGUAAAACAGCAGAGCACUAAGGAAUGAGCACACACUCCAGUUACAGAGUAAGUAGCAGAGGAUGGUUUGGAUAUUGCAGCUAUUUAGAGAAAACAAAUGGAGAUCCUUGUAUGCCUAAACACUAAAUAUUUAUUGGUUAAAUACACUUAGAUAGGAAAGACCUAUCUCUAAUCUAAAGGACUACAUAGUGGAUAGGUAAGGAGAGAGAUGUUUCCAUCUGCUCUCUAGGAGGAAAGGAAGGAUUGUGUCUCAGCACAGGAAGUGCUGCAGAGUCAGUUCAGGGGUCAUAGAGUAGGGACAGAUAGGGAGACCCUGACUCACUAUCUCUACUCCCAAUGCCCCUAGUGGUCAUUAGGACAGUUGGUGCAAAAGGUCGACGCACUGGAAGUUCAUCUCCAACAAGUUCUCUCUGUUGUUUGCUAUUAUUAAAAUAAAUCAGUGCUUUAAAUACUUGAUUAUUAUUUGACUGUUAAGUUUGUGAAGUGUUGGAAUGAUUUCCAGCAGCAAAUCUGAUGUAUGGUCCCACCCAGAGUACAAAGAAUAGGGUGAGUUGUAAAUCUAAACCAAUAAUUAGACUGCCAUGAAAUGCUCUCACACUGGCAGUUUUAUAAAGACUCACGAUCUAGACUCAGGGUACGGCUAAAAAUAUUUAUAUACCACAUUUCAACAAAGGUUCUCAAAGCGGUUUACAUAGAAAAAUAAAUAAUAUAUAAAGUGGCGUCCCUGUCCCCAAGGGGCUCACAGUCUAAAACAAAACACAAAGUAGAUACCAGCAACAACCACUGUUGCUGUGCUGGGGCUGGAUGGGGACAAUUGCUUCCCCACUGAUCUACAAGAGAAUUACAAGAGAACUGCUGCUUUAAAACGUACCUCUUUGCUUGUUUAGCAGGGUAUCUUCAGCUGUUGUUAUGGAAGCCCCCCCACCCCAAAAUAGGUACAAGUGAUCUGCAGGGACAGAAGUCAGUAUCUGUUAAAAAUGUUGUCCGGAAGUGUGGAAAGAGGAUGAGCACUUGUGCAUUACUCAUGGUAUUCAAGGCCACUUCCAUACUUAUGCUGGCUGACAUCCAGAUUAACAAAGCGCUCUUGCACAAACAUAUCGGGCUAGUGGAAGGCUGUUGUGCUGGGUCGUUGCACUCAAUCUGGAGCGUGUGGUCCAGACUAGAGUUGCGCAGUGGGAACAUGCUUGGAGUAGCCGAGCAAGGUGUGCAACUUGUGUCAUGCCUUAUCUGUUGUGCUAGGAACCUUUGCAAAAGAAAGCCAUUCCAAGAAUCACCAUGACUUCCCACAGCUAUACAGUCUUCCUGCACUAGUGCAGCUUUGUCCUUUGCCCAAGCAUGUUGUUAGUCCAGAUGUCAGCCACUGAGUUUGAUCCUUUCACAAGGACACCUCCUCCCUCGCAUCCAACAAGUGCCCAACGAGCUCUCUGGUCCUCCUCCCAAGUAAGUGGCUUGAAAAUAAUACCGUGUGUUGAUUUUCCCCCAAAUUAUCUCACCUUUGUGUCUGGUCUGUACAAUACAGAUUCAUGUGGAAUAGUCUUCAUCUGGGGCUUUUACGCACUGCUGGUUUUACCGUGAGUUUACGGGGAGGCUUUAAUGCGAACUCGAAGUUCUCCCCCAAAACUGACACAAAUAGUGGGUUUUUUAACCCCGGAUAUAAAUUGGGUUACAAUCUAAUGCACAGUGGAAAAACCCGGAUUGUGUGUGAACUGCUCCCUGAUAACUCACAGGGACUUCAGGGUAAAUCUAGCCGAUGUGUGGAUGCACUCCAUCCAUUCUGGAGGAGAUGCAAGUUAAAGGGCUUCAAAAACCCUGUGAGAAAUGUUUCCUGGCAGCCUCACUAGACGGCAGCUAUAAUGUGAAUCACCCUCAUUUUGCAGAGAUACAUGGGCAUUGCUGGCAGCAACUGUUAGUGAUGUGAGAACUCUUCAUACCAAGCAAUGGGGGGGGGUGCUUCAUACCAAGCAAUUUGGUAACUGUAAUAUGUAGAUCAGGAAUAGGCAAACCUGGCCCUCCAGCUGUGGUUGAACUACAACUCCCAUCAUCCCCAGCUACAGUACAGUGUGCCUGGGGGUUAUGGGAGUUGUCGUUCAACCACAACUAGAGGGCCUGGUUUGCCUACCCCUGAUGUAGAUGGACUGUCUAACUCAACACUUGUCAAGACUAUGCUCAUGCAGACUAGUUUCUAUUAGUAUUUCUUUUCUAAAUCUGCAAGAAUUCUCAUUUUAUUCAAAAGCUUUUAUUUUUAUUCUAAAACAACUGGUCGGUUUGAUAGGUGUGACCAAGCAGUGUCCUCUCCUGCUGUGUUCCCUUACACCAAGAGCAUGUCCUCUUAAGCAAGCGAUGGUUCGAAAGUUGUAAAGCUCUGAAUUAGGAUGUUAAGCAGAAUGUUGUUGUAGAUUUGUAACGUGGCUAAUUCUCUCGUAGGUGGAUAGUUCAUCUAUUUGUUCACGAUUUUGCAUUUCUGUUACAAUCUGCUAGAAGCUAUUCAAAUGUUUAUGAAACUUCACACAAAAUGCUGUUAUUUUGCAAGCACGGUCAUCCCCCUCUUCUUUCGAUAUUUUAAGACACAACCAUUCAGCGGUGCAGAAUGAUCCCUGAAUAAGUAGUCCAUCCAAGAGCCCUUCUGCAUGUCUUGCCCUUCUGUAACAUCUAGGGCAGGGUUUCCCAACCAGUGUUAUUCCAGAUGUUGCUCAACUACAACUCCCAUCAUUCCCAGCCACAAUAAAGUGUGGCCAGGGAUGAUGGGAGUUGUAGUUCAGCAACAUUUGGAGUACCACUGGUUGGGAACCCCUGUUCUAGGGCAUCCCUUCUAAACACUUCCAGAGGCUUCACACUGUAGAUAUUAGUGUAUUUUGUUAAGGGUUGAAGCCCCAGGACAUAAUAAGUUGAGGUGCUCUUCUAGAGUUACAAAAAAGUGAGUUGGGCAGAAUGGAUGCCAUUGGCUGAACUGCUCUAAUUCAAAAGAGGGCAAGUACAUAGGAAGCUGCCUUCUACCAAGUCAGACCUUUGGUCCAUCUAGUUCAGUAUUGUCUACACAGACUGGCAGAUGCUCCAGGCAGGAGACUCUCUCAGCCCGAUCUUGGAGAUGCCAGGUAGGGAACUUGGAACCUUCUGCAUGCAAGCAAGCAGGUGCUCUUCCCAGAGCAGCCCCAUCCUCUGAGGGGAAUACCUUACAGUGCUCACAUGUAGUCUCCCAUUCAAAUGCAAACCAGGGUUGACCCUGCUUAGCAAAGGGGAGAAUUCAUGCUUGCUACCACAAGACCAGCUCUCCUCAAGGUCCAGGGCAGGAGCGAUUAUUUCAUGAGGCACAGGGAGGCAGUCACCUCAGGCAACAGACUAUGAGGGUAUCAGCAAGUUGGCAAGAUGCUCCCUUCCACCACCAUCUUUGGGACCAAUCUGGCCCUUGCGGGCUUUGUAAGGAGCGCCUCUCCUCACGAACCUUGCAAAAAGAAGCACGAGGAGAGGAAGCUGCUGGCAACCUUCGUACCUCCCUGCCACCCACCUCCCCUUCCGAACUUGCAAAGGUGGGUUUUGAAAAGAGGCUGGCCCCCAUUUGAUGCCCCUCCUCAAGUGCCCAGGGAAGGAGUGCUAGCUUGCUGUGGGCUAGGAAAUGAGCAAUCAGAGGACGGAAGAGGGUGGCAUCAGAGAAUCACAAGGAGAAGCAUCCAAAAGGGAAAUGGAAAAACUGGAAGAGAGAAGAGUGCAUGGCUUGAAGCUGCAGGGAUGAGGAAGGUUGAAGUUCACAUAUUGAUUUGAAUAACCGGCUAAAUAUUAGUCCAGUCAAGAGGCUUGUGAUGCAAUCAUUCUUCUCUCUUUGAUACGCUUUUCCUGAUACAACUUGGUUUCUUUGGAAAGGCCCACAGUUGUACUGUUUCUAUCUUGUACGAAUUGUUCUACAGAAACUUUUAUUCUUGUAAUAAACUGUUCUUGAUAUGUGGGGUUUGCUGAACAGAGGGGGAAAUGAAGGAUUAUUUGUUUACCUGGGGUUUGCAUAAUAUCAUGUAUUCAUGACUGGUUUGAAAUUUCCAUGACUGGAAAUUCCUUUUAACUACUACAAUACUCCUUGUGGUUUAUGGGCCUCACUAUACAUAUAAUUAUUAUUAAUCAGGUGAGAUGAAAAUGCUUUUGUUAAAGUACAGUUAUAUUUGUGGUUUUAUAUUUAAAAAAAAUUAAAGUAAUCUGUGUUUGCAAAA